AUGCCAGCCAGCCGCCUGCCGCGCAAGACCCUGUACGGCCAGCUCCACCUAGGCCAUCGUUCUGCAGGGGGUCAAAAAAAGGACCAACUCAAGACCUCCCUUAAGAAGUGUGGAAUAAAGCCAACUUCCUUGGAAGCUGCUGCUGUAGAUCGCUCCUCCUGGCGUGGACUCUGUCAACAAGGAGUACAGCCGGCUGAGGAGCACAGAAUUAAACAUCGUCUGGCAAGAAGCCAGAGGAGAAAGGCAUCCGUGUUUGCACCUGUCCCAUCGGGGCGCAGAGGAAAAGCACGUGCAAUGGGAAUUCCCGUCACUACGAACACAAACGAUUCAAUCAUUAGACCAGCAGGCUUUUACGUUAUUGGAUUUACGUAUUUAAAGUUUGCUUAUUUAUAUUUAAUCUUCCUCGGCUUCAUUUACAUUGUAACGGUUUUGUUCAACUCUUUUCUUAUUUACAUUAUAUGGAUGGAUCAUCGCCUACACACUCCAAAGUACAUUGCUGUGGCUAAUUUAGGGGUUGUCGACUUGAUGAGCAGCACAUCCUGUAUUCCUAGUGCGAUCAAGACUGUUAUCACGAAAGAUACAUUCAUGUCCUACAAUGCAUGUAUGACACAGAUAUUUUUCUAUUAUGUUUCAGUCCUACUAGAGUCAUUUUCCCUCAGUGUACUUGCCUAUGACAGGUUAAUUGCGAUAUGUUUCCCACUGAGACAUAGUUCCAUCAACACUCCCACAAGCAUGUUUUGUAUUUUAGCGAUUGUUUGGUCGCUUUGUUCGAGCAUUAUGUUGUUCUUGAUCUUGAUCUUACCAAAACUGUCUUUUUGUGAUUCACUCAUUGUGUCCAAUUUUAUUUGUGAGUAUGCGGCCGUAGCCAGUCUUGCGUGCAACGAUAGCACACUGCAAUGGGCCGCUGCCUCUUCUCUGGGUAUGCUGGUCUUGUUUUUGCCACUUAGUUUAAUCGUCGUGUCAUACGGCUGUAUUUUGCGAGUCGUGUUCAGAAUGAAGACAGUUGAGAGCAGGUACAAAGCACUUGCAACGUGUACAGAACACCUCGUCGUUGUGGCGAUUUUCUAUGUGCCGACCGUAACGGUGUACAUCAUUGAACUGUUCUUAUUCCUCCUCGAGCCAAACGUCAAAAUGAUUAACUUGUCCGUGGCCUCAUGUUUUCCCUCCUGUCUGAACCCCAUUGUGUAUUCUCUGGCAACUAAAGAAAUCAGGAACAGGAUCCUGGCUAUGCUCCAGAAAGUCAAAGUAGCAGUGUGGGCAGGGCAGGCGUCGAGCUGA